AUGGAGUUUGGAUUUAAAAAAAAUAGUCACCACCAAUUCUUAUUACAUUUGUUGAUCUUAAUUCUUGUUCUUCCCACCUUUGUUUUAUCCGAAUGCACUUGUGACCAAGAUAAACAAAGUAAUAUAAGCAAAGCAUAUGGAUACAGAGCAAUAGCAUUCCUAUCGAUACUUAUUGCAGGGGCAUUUGGUGCUAGUAUUCCAUUUUUGGGCAAAGUGAUACCCGCAUUAAGUCUCGACAAAAACAUAUUUUUUAUUAUUAAAGCUUUUGCAGCUGGUGUGAUAUUGUCAGCCAGUUUCAUUCAUGUGUUGCCAGAUGCAUUUGAAAGUUUAAAAUCACCUUGUUUGAAUGAUCAUCCUUGGGGUGAUUUUCCAUUCACGUGUUUUCUAGCUUUGUGUUCUGCCAUGGCUAUUCUUAUGGUAGAAACCUAUGCUAAUAUUUUUUUUAUGAAACUAACCUCUAAAGAAGCACAUGUUGAUGUCAAUAGUAAUACAGAUGUGGAGAAGGAAGUACUAGAAAGCUAUGUUCCUUUUGUUGAUAAGUCCUAUCAAUUUAUUCGUCAAAAGAUGAUGUCACCGGGGUUGGAGUUCUGCAUUAUCUUUCACUCUAUUAUAAUAGCAAUUUCUCUAGGUGCUUCGGAGAGUCCUAACACAACAAAGCCAUUGAUGGCUGCCUUGUGUUUUCAUCAAUUUUUUGAAGGCUUGGGAGUUGCAAGUUGUAUAGAUCAGGCGCAGGGCAAUAUGAGAAUGUUCUUUUACUUAACUACACCAGUUGGAAUUGGAAUUGGUGUAUUUAUCAGUAAUACUUAUGAUGAAAAUAGUCCAACAGCUCUUAUUGUUGAAGGAAUCUUGAAUGCAACGUCGUCUGGAAUCUUGAUCUACAUCGCCCUUGUAAAUCUUUUAGCUGCAGACUUUAUGAGUGAAAGAAUUCAAAAGAGUUGUAAACUUCUAUUAAGUUGUCAUCUUUCUCUUUUAUUAGGAGCUGGUUGUAUGUCUCUUUUUGCCAAAUGGGCUUAG